AUGGUAUCAUAUUCAACUAAUACUAACCCGGGCUCGAUCACCGUUGCUGAUUUCAAUAACGAUGGUCACCUUGACAUUGUCGUUUCUAAUAAUGGGGCUAACAGUGUAGGUGUAUUUCUUGGAUAUAGUAAUGGAACUUUUGAGGCACAAAGAACGUUUUCAACUAGCUCGGGACCAUUUGCAGUGACCACCGGUGAUUUCAACAAUGAUACUAAAAUAGAUAUCGCCGUUGCCAAUCGUGAUGCUGACAGUGUGGGUUUACUUCUUGGGUAUGGCAAUGGUACCUUUUCGACGGAAAAGACGUUUUCAACUGGAAUUCAUCCGUCAUCUAUUGCCGUAGGCGAUUUCAACAAUGACAAUCAUCCGGAUAUCACCGUUGCCAAUAAUGGUGAUAAUAAUAUAGGUAUACUUAUUGGAUAUGGUAAUGGAAGCUUUGCCAGCCAAAUUACUUACCCAGCUGGUAGUACCCCAAAUCCAGUUGCCAUUGGUGAUUUCAAUAUUGAUCAAAAUCAGGAUAUUAUUACUGCUAAUUGGUAUACGAACGAUGCGAGUUUAUUCUUCGGAUAUGGUAAUGGAACGUUUGCUUCACAAACAAUGUUAUCAGUUGGUACUAAUGGUUAUUCGAUUGCUAUUGGUGAUUUGAAUAGGGACAACAAACCUGAUUUUGUUGUUAGCAACAUAGGUGAUAGCACUGUCAGUGUAUUUCUUGGACACGAAGUAACAUCAUCAGGCGUAUAUCAUUAA